UCUGCAGGUGACAGCUGUACCACCACCUGUGCCCUACACAAGCUCCCUUCAAGCAUGGCAUCGGCCUAGGACCAUGGGGAUCCAUGCAGAACCGGUUCAGGACUUGGUAGUCAGGAAGCCAAAGCCAUCCACCAGGAGCGUGUGCAAAUCAACACUCUAUCAAGCAUACACUGGACCCCUGCCUGAUCCCAACAUGCUGGCUAUUGGGGAGAAGCUCACAAACAUCAGGCCGCAACCACUGAUCUCGUCUGUGCUGCACGGCCUAUCGCAGCUGUCGAUGGUAGACUCCAAGUUCGGACCUGUGCCACGAGGAUCCCCCCUGUCAUACCAGUGUCCUCCUGUGGUCAAAUGUGGGGAUUACAUCCAGCACCCAGAGGCACCAGCAUUCCCGAAUCUGCCCUUAGAGGACUCAACAUUUCCCACCCAAAUUCCACAAUUUGAAAAAAACUCAAUCCAAAUUUUGCAUUUCGACACUUUAACUGUUACAUAUAAUAUGGCAAGUGACAUAGAGAAGCAGACAAGAGAACAGUCUGAGUGCCCACUAUGGCAAGCUCUACGAAAGCCGAGAGUAACAGCAAGUAGAUUUUAUGAGGUUAGCCACGUCAGAGGGGUGUCCUCUGGUGAGUCCCUGGCAUUGAGAAUACUUAAGGGCACUCGCCAGACUCCUGCCAUGAAGAGGGGGCUGGAGCGGGAGCCACAGGUGCUGGAGCACUAUGCACAGGUGUGCAAUGUCAAUGUGGGUCGCUGUGGGUUAGUCAUUCACCCUCAAGCUCCUCACCUGGGGGCUAGCCCUGAUGCAAGGGUAUAUGACCCAAAUGAAAUUCCAUGUUUUGGCCUUGCUGAGGUGAAAUGCCCAGCCAUUUCAAACAUCACACAGGCAGGACAUGUAAAAAUUACUAAUGGGAAGGCGAAACUUAAAAGAAACCACAAGUACUACUGGCAGGUUCAAGGCCAACUUGCAGUAACUGGCUUGAGUUGGUGCGAUUUCAUUACGGAUACAGAGGAGGACUUAACCAUUGAAAGAGUGUGGAGGGAUGAUGAAUUGAUUGGAGAGAUGAAGGAGAAGGUUGACGUGUACUUUUUUGGUACAUUCAUGAAUGUUUAUCUUUUGCCCAAAGAAGUGUAAUUAACCAAAUGAUUAUUGAAAGAAUUCAUGAAUAAAUGAAGUGCACGACUAAAGGUUUCCAUGAUUUCCUCGUUCGAGUACGCAAGUAUAUCCUAACAUUACA